GUGCUUUUAUUUUGAUAAAAGGGCAGGGAUUAGGUUUACGGAAGAGAUCUAAACUUCCGGAAAGGAUUGUGUUUCGCAUAACGAUAAAUAAUUCACCUUCCUGGUUUGAAGGCUACCUUGUCAGGAGGAAAUCCAUCUGAACCAUCUGAAGCAGAAUACAGAGACUGUGAGUGGGUCAUCAGGCAGUCUCCCUAUGUCAGGCCGAAACGGGUCUGCAAGUGAUGCAGACUGCGGGAUCUCUGAGGACUGCCCUGUCCCAGAUGUUGAGCUGAUGGAGCUGGGGCCACUGCUGGAGGAGGGAGAGGGGCGACAGGCAGCAUCAAAAGGCAUCCACCCAGAGGGAGCCGCAAUGCUUGCUGACGAGGAAGAGGAGGAUGAUGAGGUGGGAGAGGUCCUGACCUUACCACUUCAGGCUCACCAUGCCAUGGAGAAGAUGGAGGAGUUUGUACACAAAGUUUGGGAGGGGCGCUGGAGAGUCAUUCCUUUUCAUGUCCUGCCAGACUGGCUUAAGGACAAUGAUUACCUCCUGCAUGGACAUCGACCCCCGAUGCCCUCUUUCCGGGCCUGUUUUGGAAGUAUCUUCAGAAUUCACACUGAAACAGGAAACAUCUGGACUCACCUGCUAGGGCUGAUCUUAUUCAUUUGUCUGGGCACAUUAACCAUGCUGCGGCCCAACAUGUAUUUUAUGGCCCCGCUGCAAGAGAAAGUGGUGUUCGGGAUGUUCUUCCUGGGAGCUGUGCUCUGCCUCAGCUUCUCCUGGCUUUUUCAUACCGUCUACUGCCACUCUGAGAAAGUGUCUCGCACCUUCUCCAAGCUUGACUACUCGGGCAUUGCCCUCCUGAUCAUGGGCUCCUUCGUGCCCUGGCUGUACUACUCGUUUUAUUGUUCCCCUCAGCCUCGACUUAUCUACCUCACCAUUGUAUGUGUCCUUGGCAUCGCCGCCAUCAUAGUGGCUCAGUGGGACCGGUUCUCUACACCUCGUCACAGACCUACAAGAGCAGGUGUGUUUAUGGGUCUUGGACUAAGCGGCAUUGUCCCCACCAUGCACUUCACCAUUGAGGAGGGCUUUGUUAAGGCCACCACAGUCGGCCAGAUGGGUUGGUUCUACCUGAUGGGUGCCAUGUAUAUCACUGGUGCUGGUCUGUAUGCAGCCAGGAUCCCUGAGCGCUAUUUUCCUGGCAAAUGUGACAUCUGGUUCCAUUCUCAUCAGAUUUUUCAUGUCCUGGUCGUGGCAGCGGCGUUCAUCCAUUUCUACGGGGUUUCCAACCUGCAGGAGUUCCGCUACGGCCUUGAGGGAGGAUGCACAGAUGACACUCUACUCUGAGAAGCCUGACUGUGACUUACUCAUAUUUUUCUUUAUAGUCCCGCAAACACCACACACACACACACACACACACACACACACACACACACACACACACACACACAUAAAAUGCUGCUGGAAUUCAAUAUAGUCACUUGUUGCUCCUUCUGUACUGAUUUGCUAACAUCUUGUUUGGGUUUUGGUGGUCUUUCUGUUUGGCUCUUUUUUGCUCCAAUAAAGUAGCAUUAACUAGCCAUUAAACUACAGAUGGAAUCUUAUCUUCAACAGGCACUACUUCUUCAAUAAUUAUGAAGCUUGAAAUCUGCAUUUUCAAGUAAGAUCAAAAUUUUAACCAAAAUCAUAUAUCCCUGUAACUUAUGGUUACUACUUAGAAGCUCACUAGUACCCCAACCUCGCCAUAGUCUGUUACCAUUGCACAAAGGGUACAGAGAGUAUUAUUUGUGCUGUAGCAGAGGGCACAUACUGUAAACCUUUCCCUUUCUCCCUCCCAGUUUCCAUGCAGGUUAGAGGAUGAAUGUACUGUCCACCAGGAGUAAGGUGUAGAGCAGUCCGGGACCGUUUAGGUGCUUGACAGCCUGCACUCAACCUAGUGUGUAGAUGUCACCAGAUGUUUUUUAACUGUGCUGACACUGAUUGUGCAGCUGUCUGGGGGACCACCACGAACCCACCCAUGCCCGCUCUGCAAUAAAACAUGAACUGUACUCUGAAGGCCCAGUGAAUACUCUAAAAUUCCAAUGAAAUAAAAUUAAAAAUACAUUAAUAUGAAAGGAACAUAUAGCUUAAAUCCCAUACAUAUGAUCUAUAGAUGUGUCUUGUGUAGCACAUGGAAUUCUUCCCACAAUUAAGGGGUUGGAUACUUAAACUGUUUAUUUGAACUUUUAUGCUCAAAUUUUUAGAAGUUCCUUUGCAUUUUGAUGCAUUUGUUUUUAAUUGAAAAAGUCCCAAACUAAUGAUUUUCAAAUUACAUAAUGGCACAGAAAAGCUGCUAGACUAAGAUGCUUAAAAUGUUGAAGUUAAAAGAACUCCCCUGCCAUACUUUUUCAGUUAGACAACCCGUCAUUGAUUCAUUUCUAGAGUAAUAGUUCCUGGGCUACGCACAAUGUACAGAUCUGGAUAGGUCAAAUUGUGUUUUUGUCAGCUAGAGGUCUCUCUUUUGUGUUAGAUUUCAGAUGCAAUGAAAGGUGUAAAUAUCAAAUGCACCUUAGUGUAUACUAUUAAAUUCAAAACUUUAAAUCACCAUAUGGGGUUUAAAAUGUCAUGUAUGAUUGAUAUAAACUUUUAGUAUUCCUGUGCCUUAGGCCAAUGGAAAUGUUUUUAAAUAAAACGGCCUAUCUUAACAGUCAAGGGAGCUUCAAGGAUUUCCAGACGUUGACUUUUCUUGUUUUCCUUGCCAUAUAUACAAUCGAAUCAUUAUUGAACUUACAACUCCAUUGAUAGGUUGUAUCAACUGCUGUUUAAGACUCCCUUUUUCUAGAUCAACUUAUUCAAGCUUUAUUACAAAGACUAAAACAAUGUGUAUUCUUGAUUUUGUGUAAUGUCCUGUGUAGAAAGUGAUAAAUCAUACAUUUCACUGAAAUGUAAACAUAAAUAUUUAUUAAAGGUAAUCUUGGAAAAUUAUUGGAAUAAAUUAUUUUCCACAUGUACAAA